AUGGGGUUGGUCAAUGGGUCAGAUGCCUCUACCCCUCGAUACAUUGCCCAAUCGUACAAUCAUGCGGAUUCACACGCCUCCGCACUGAGGCUCAUCCUCACCUUGAAUCCUCACUGGGAGGGGCCAGAAAACAAGGUCGAGUUUGUGCGAUUCACGGAUGGGAUCACCAAUACACUCUUCAAAGCUAUAAACCGCAAGCCCGGCUUGACAGAAGAAGAGAUAGACAAGGAAGCAGUACUGAUGAGAGCGUACGGUAAUCAUACAGAGAUUCUCAUAGACCGCGAAAGAGAAACGAACUCGCAUGCGCUCCUCGCUAGAUAUGGCUUAGCACCUCCACUCCUGGCUCGGUUUAAGAAUGGUCUUUUGUACCGGUUCAUUCGCGGCCGCCCGGCCACCCAUGAGGAUCUGGUUACCGAGAACGUCUGGCGCGGUGUUGCGCGCAGACUGGGGCAGUGGCAUGCUGUUCUUCCCAUCAACGCAGCCAGCACAAUGCCCACAUCGAAAGGGACUUCGCUCAUAGACUCUGUAGAAGUGGCCGCGGACGGCCAGCCUGUGAAAAGAGACGACUUGAACGUCAUCCAGCCGCGGCGACCUGGACCUAGUCUUUGGGCUGUACUGCAGAAGUGGAUUCUUGCAUUGCCUACAAGUACCGAGGCCCAGCAGCAGAGACGGCGCAGUUUGCAAAAAGAGCUGGAGCGAGUCGUCCGUGAAUUUGACGACGGAAAUGGACUAGGAGAGGAUGGGUUGGUAUUCGCACACUGCGACCUCCUUUCCGCCAAUGUCAUCAUCCGCCCCUCAGAAGAGCGCUCCGACGAUGGGACGGAAACAGUCAACUUCAUCGACUAUGAGUACGCCACGCCGUCACCGGCAGCCUUUGACAUUGCCAACCACUUUGCUGAAUGGGGCGGUUUUGAGUGCGACUACAGCAUGAUGCCCACCCGGACGGUCCGUCGACAGUUCCUGGAGGAAUACGUUCGGAGCUACGCGCAACAUCAGGGCAUUCCAGAGUCAUCACAACCAAAGAUUGUUGACCAACUAUUCGAGGAUGUAGACCGCUUUCGAGGUCUGCCUGGUUUAUAUUGGGGAACUUGGGCAUUGAUCCAAGCGCAAAUCUCGCAGAUUGACUUCGACUACGCUUCAUACGCGGAGACUCGGCUAGGCGAGUAUUACGCAUGGCGGGCCGAGACGGAAGGAGCAAGAGGCGAGAAACCCUUACGAGAGCGACGCUGGGCAGAGGAAUGAGUGCAGGUAUCAUCUUCAACAGUGAAUGUUUGUACAGCGUGUUUCAACAGCGUGCAUGAGCCAUCAUUACCAGUAAUUAGACAAAAUAAAAAUCUCUAGAUCAAA